AGCACCGGCCGCUCCGAGUUAAGCGCCGAGCCCAGGCCCAUAUAGACUCCGUCACGAUCCGCGUCCGAGUCCCUCUAAAGCUACGAUCUUCGUCUGACCUGUCGCCUUACAAUAAAAAGGUUGAACCGCACCGGCCCGUCCCUAUUCGGCUGUCGGAUGAGUAACGUCGAGAUCAAUAACGGCCGCGCCCAUACCUUUUCUGCCUCGCAUGACGUCGUCGUUAGCCGAAUCUCCAGAUACGGCCCGCCCGCCUAACGAGCACUCAGCGCCGCCGAACACGACGAAUAAGGAUACUGAACAAGUUUCGAGCAGUCCUAAUCAUGUACAGGAGAACAACAACGCAGAACCCCUCAAUGAGCAGUCACCGCUGCUCUCCCCAAGCUCCGGCUCGGGCGAGGAUGACGGCUUGAUGGACGGUCAACCCCCGACUAGGGGCCUUGACGAACACCAAAAGACCAAGAGCAUAUGGUACCUCAUCCUCCUGACCAUCAGUAUCGGCGGUCUGCAGAUUGCAUGGUCGGUCGAGAUGUCCAAUGGCUCGCCGUACCUGCUGUCGCUGGGCAUCACCAAGUCCCUCAUGGCCCUCGUUUGGAUUGCUGGGCCUCUGUCAGGGACCCUGGUGCAGCCGUACGUGGGCAUGCUGAGCGACAACUGCCGCAUUCCCUGGGGGAAGCGCAAGCCGUUCAUGAUCGGAGGCACCGUCGCCACGGUGGUCUCGCUGAUGUCCCUCGCCUGGACUAGGGAGAUUGUCGGUGGCUUUCUCGGACUAUUUGGGGCCGCACCGGAUUCGAAUGGUGUCAAGUACUCGACCAUAGUCGUUGCAGUACUGUGGGUCUAUGUCCUCGACUUCGCUAUCAACACCGUGCAAGCUUCAAUUCGUGCUUUUAUUGUGGACUGCGCACCCACGCACCAGCAAGAGAGCGCCAAUGCCAUGGCCAGUCGUUUCCUUGGUAUCGGCAACAUCGUUGGUUACCUCGCUGGCUAUCUGAAUCUGCCCUCUGUUUUCUGGUUCUUCGGCGAUACCCAGUUCAAGGAUCUAUGCGCCAUCGCCAGUAUCGCCCUUAGCGCAACCAUCGCCUUGAGCUGCCUCUUGAUCCACGAAAGAGACCCGCGCCUCGAGGGCCCUCCGAUAAAAGACAAGGCUGGCGUUAUGGCCUUCUUCCGCAAAAUCUUCACUUCCAUCAAGCGGCUCCCGCCCCAGACCAAGCGAGUCUGCCAAGUGCAGUUUUGCGCUUGGAUUGGCUUCUUUCCCAUGCUCUUCUACACGUCCGAGUACAUUGCAGAGAUCUACGCGGAGCCCUUUCUUGAGCAGAACCCCAACAUGACCCCAGCGGAACUCGACAAACUCUACGAGAACGCCACCCGGGAAGGCACUUUUGCCCUGCUCAUUUUUGCCAUCAUGGGUCUGGCGACCAACGUCUUCCUCCCCUUUUUCGUCGAACCUACCUACGAGACCUUGCCUAGCAUGGCAGCCAAUGGUUCUGGAGAAGCAAACGGCUCCCUCAAAAACUACGGCGAGGAGAAAAAGCCCUGGCUCGACUACUUGGUUAUCCCGGGCUUUACCCUCCGCCGCGCCUGGAUGUUCGCUCAGAUCCUCUUCACCGGCAGCAUGCUCUGCACCGUCUUCGUGCGCACAGUGACCGCCGCCACUAUCCUGAUCGGUCUCGUCGGUAUCACAUGGGCGCUGACGCUCUGGGCGCCCUGGGCCAUCAUCAGCGCCGAGAUCUCGCGCCGCGACGAGAUCCGCCGCUCCCAGUACGCGCAGCGCAACCCCUCCUCCAGCGGCACCGGCGGCGUGGCCUCCCUCGACGGGUACUCGUCGGACGAGAACAACCGCGAGCGGGCCCUCGACGACGACGCGGAGGGAGACGCCGACGACCAGGCCGGCGUCAUCCUCGGCAUCCACAACAUGGCCAUCGCCGCGCCCCAGAUCAUCGCCACCGUCGUGAGCAGCGUCAUCUUCCGCGUCUUCCAGAAACCCCGCGGCGUCCCCGGCGACCACAGCAUCGCCGUCGUCUUGGCCCUCGGCGGCAUCACCGUGCUCAUCUCCGUCUUCUUCAUUCAUCGCAUCCGGGACGACCUGGGGACUCCCGCCGAUGCCAUGAGUGCGGUUGAGGAUGGGGGUGUUGGUAGCAGGCCGGGUACGUCGCACAGGAGGUCGCGCUCCUUUGAGCAGCUGCCGCGGGCGAGCUUGGAGAGGGCGGCGUUGGUGAGGAAUAAGAGCUUUGGGGGCGUUGAGUAUUGAGGAGUUGUUGGUGGUUGUGGGGUAGGCUGGUGGUGGUCAUUGUGUUAAUCACCCGUCCUGAAUUGAGUGUGAGGACAGGAGCUUCUCU